AUUUUACACCAUACGACCCCCUUAAGAAAAACUUGCCCCGCCCCCACCAAUUGUCAUUCCUACACCUGUCACAAAAAAACUGUUAUUUAAUCAUUUGUGCGUAUUUAUAUGUUGUAAACAUUCACAAAAUACAAGGUCCACUUGACAAUAAUGUAACAUAACCUAAAAAAUGGCAAAUACAGGAGUUUUGCCCUUUGUGCGGGGCGUAGACUUCACGCGCAAUGAUUUUAGCGGUGAAAAAUUUCCCGAAGCCGUUAGUUCCAUGACUGGAGUGCAAUGGCUCAAGUUAGAUCGCACGAAUUUGACCGAAAUUCCCAAAGAAAUGGGGAAUUUGCUCAAACUGGAACACUUGUCUUUAACUAGGAACCAACUUGAGAAACUCUACGGCGAGUUGACGGAAUUGAAUUGUUUACGUACCCUAAAUUUAAGACACAAUAAGGUCAAAAGCUCGGGGAUUCCCUCAGAACUGUUCCAUUUAGAGGAGCUGAGCACGCUUGAUUUGAGCCACAAUAACCUGAAGGAAGUGCCUGAAGGGCUGGACCGUGCCAAGUCGCUUUUGGUGCUCAACUUGAGCCACAAUCACAUUGACUCGAUCCCCAAUACUUUAUUUAUAAAUUUAACCGAUCUGUUGUUCCUCGAUUUGAGUGACAAUAACUUGGAGACGCUUCCUCCCCAAACUCGGCGACUAGCGAAUUUGCAGUCGCUUAUUUUGAAUAACAAUCCUUUGGGCCACUUUCAACUGAGACAGUUGCCGUCUUUAGUUAACUUAGAAACACUACAUAUGAGAAACACGCAACGAAACUUGGCCAAUUUCCCCACAAAUUUGGAAAAUUUGGUGCUCCUGACUGACAUUGAUUUGGCCCAAAAUGCCCUACCGAAAAUCCCUGACGCUCUGUAUUCCCUUCCGAACUUAAAACGCCUCAACAUGAGCGAAAACGAAAUCACCGAAUUAUCGACCGCCAUGGAACUGUGGCAAAAACUCGAAACCCUCAACCUCUCACACAACAAACUCACUUGUUUACCGGCCUCUUUGUGCAAAAUAUCGACCUUGAGACGGCUCUACGUUAACGAUAAUCAGCUGGAUUUUGAAGGAAUUCCAUCAGGGAUUGGCAAACUGGGCUGUUUGGAAAUUUUUUCGGCUGCCAAUAAUCAACUAGAGAUGAUCCCGGAGGGGCUGUGCCGGUGUGGGUCGCUAAAAAAGCUCAAUUUAAGCUCAAAUCGGUUGAUUACGUUGCCGGAUACCAUCCAUCUGAUCAAUGAUUUAGUGGCUGUUGAUUUGCGGAAUAAUCCCGACUUGAUCAUGCCCCCAAAACCGGUGGAAAUGACCCGUGGGGCGGGCUUGGAAUUUUACAAUAUUGAUUUUUCGUUGCAAAAUCAGUUGAGGCUUGCGGGGGCCAAUGUUCCGGCCCCAACUCCGGCCCAAAACCCUAGUAAAGACCCAAUUGCCAGGAAAAUGCGACUAAGACGCGGGAGAAGAGACCAUGAAGAGGCCGAUCAAGACCAGGCCAAAAUUUUGAAAGGAAUGAAAGAUAUCGCAAAAGAGAAAAAUCUGAGUAUGCAAGCUGAUGAUACAAAAGCCGAGUCUUUGAAGCCCAAACGCUGGGAUGAGACUUUGGAAAAGCCGCCACUUGAUUAUUCUGAGUUUUUUGAAGAUGAUGCGGGGCAAGUGCCGGGUUUGACAAUUUGGGAAAUUGAGAAUUUUUUGCCUAAUAGAAUUGAUGAGGUGGCGUAUGGGAAAUUCUACGAGGGGGAUUGUUAUAUUGUUUUGAAGACAACUCAAGAGGAAAAUGAACAGUUGAAUUGGGAAAUUUAUUUCUGGAUUGGGGAAAAAGCACCGCUUGACAAGAGGGCGUGUUCCGCCAUACAUGCCGUCAAUUUGCGCAAUUAUCUGGGCGCCCAGUGUCGCACAAUUCGCGAGGAACAAGGAGACGAAUCCGAAGAAUUCCUCAACCUUUUCGACACCCAAAUCACAUACAUUGAGGGUGGCCGCACUUGCAGCGGAUUUUUCACAGUCGAAGAUAACAUUUUUGAAACGCGAUUUUACCGAAGCCACAUUGCUGGCCCCACAAUUCACCUCGAACCCGUGGCUAUUUGUGCCGAGUCACUGGACCCCGGUUAUGUUUUUAUCCUCGACACCGGAAUGAAAAUCUUUAUUUGGAACGGAAAAAAGGCCAAAAAUACGUUAAAAUCGAAGUCGAGGCUCAUGUGCGAGAAGAUUAAUAAAAACGAACGGAAAAACAAGGCGGAGUUGAUUACGGAAAGUAUGGGGAGUGAAAGUAGGGAGUUUUGGUUGGCGUUGGGUGAGCCUGAGGGGCUGCCGCCAGAGGAGCCAUUACAGGAGCAUGUAGGUGAUAAUUUCGUUCCGGUGCCCCCACGAUUGUAUCAAGUGCAGUUGGGGAUGGGGUACUUGGAGCUGCCCCAAGUCGAGGUGCCCCACGGUAAACUCGUCAAUACUUUACUCAACAGUAAGAACGUAUACAUUUUGGAUUGUUACUUGGAUGUUUUCGUCUGGAUUGGUAAAAAAUCGACGAGACUUGUCAACGCUGCCGCUGUUAAAUUGUGCGAGGAACUUUUCAACAUGAUUGAUCGGCCCGAUUAUGCUAUAGUGACCCGAGUCAGAGAAGGCACUGAGCCCCAGAUUUUCAAAUGCAAAUUCGCCGGUUGGGACGAAGUCAUCGCAGUGGACUUCACCCGCACGGCCGAGUCCGUGCAGAAAACAGGCGCGGACUUGACGAAAUGGGCCCGUCAGCAGGAGACAAAGCACGAUCUCACGGCCCUCUUCACCCCACGGCAACCCCCAAUGCCGCUUACGGAAGCCCAACAGUUGAUGGAAGAAUGGAACGAGGAUUUGGAAGUGAUGGAAGCUCUGGUUCUUGAGGGCAAAAAAUUCGUCCGGCUUCCAGAGGACGAGUUGGGGCACUUCUACUCGAUGGAUUGUUACGUGUUUUUGUGCCGCUAUUGGAUGCCCAUCGACGAUGAUAGCGACGGGGGUGAACCGACGAAUGACGGGGAUGAUUUCCAUUGUGUUGUUUAUUUCUGGCAAGGGCGCGAAGCGUCCAAUAUGGGCUGGUUGACGUUCACUUUCACGCUCCAGAAGAAAUUCAAAAUGUUGUUUAAUGAUAAGUUGGAGGUGGUGAGGACGUACCAACAGCAGGAAAAUAUGAAGUUCAUGGCGCACUUUAAACGGAAGUUUAUCAUACACCAAGGGAAGCGUAAGCAGAGGGAGAAAAACGCAGUGGAGUUUUAUCAUUUGAGGUCGAAUGGAAGUGCCUUGUACACGAGGCUCGUGCAAAUUAAACCGGACGCUUCGUCACUUAAUUCAGCCUUUUGUUAUAUCCUGAAUGUUCCUUUCGAACAAGAAGACGAAGCCGGUAUUGUUUACGUCUGGAUCGGGUCAAAAGCAGACCCCGACGAGGCUCGCCUGAUCCAGGAAAUCGCCGAAGAGAUGUUCAACAGCCCUUGGGUGAGCCUCCAGGUGCUGGCAGAGGGCGAAGAACCGGACAACUUCUUCUGGGUCGGCCUCGGCGGCAAGAAGCCCUACGACGCGGACGCCACCUUCAUGGAAUACACAAGACUCUUCAGAUGUUCGAACGAAAAAGGCUAUUUCGUGGUGUCGGAAAAGUGUUCCGAUUUUUGCCAGGAUGAUUUAGCUGACGACGAUAUCAUGAUACUGGAUAACGGGGAACAAGUCUUCCUGUGGCUGGGGGCCAAAUGCAGCGAAGUCGAAAUCAAACUGGCCUACAAGUCGGCACAGGUUUAUAUCCAGCACAUGAGAGUGAAACAGCCAGAGCGCCCUAGAAAGCUAUUUUUAACGCUCAAAAACAAGGAGUCGAGGCGGUUCUACAAGUGUUUCCACGGAUGGGGGGCGCACAAAAAACCACCAGAGUAACGUGCCAAAAUUUAUUUAAAAAAUCACAGUAUUAACCGAGCUCAACUGUGGACAUUUUCUAGCGGUUAUACAUAAAGGACACUAAUUUAUUGAACAAUCUAUACAAAUAAAUAAGUUUUAACAA